AGAUGGUGCAGGAGUUGAAAGCGAAACUAAACUGAAGAAGAGAGAAAAACAGGCUCCCUGAGACGGGGGAGAGGAAAAACAUGAAAAUAAACGUAUUGAUGUGGACAGACUAACGGGGAAAUCUUUGUGUGGAUGUUGUGAAGAUUUCACAUGUGAGUUACUUGCUUAUCUAAAGCUGAAGAAGUUCUAAAGGGCAACUGACCUUCACUGAGGGCAAUGACAGCAAUGUGCCUAGACAUCCUGCUGGCGAUCUUGGAGGAGCUGGAAGAGGAACAGAGAAAGAAGUUUAAAUUUAAACUCAAUACCACUGAACUGAGGGAGGGCUACAAAAACAUUCCCAAGGGACUUCUGCAGAAAGCUGAUGUAACAGACAUGGUUGAUCUGCUGAUGAAAUACUACCAAGAGGAGUAUGCUGUGGAGGUGGUGAUAAAUGUGCUCGAUCAAAUCAAUAAUAAGGAUCUGGCUGAAAGGUUGCGAAGAAAGUCAGGUGAAGUAUGGAAAACCAGGCCUGUUUCUGUAAAGCCCCCAGACAUGGAUCACAGAGUGAACUAUGUGACCUCUAUGAAGGAAAAAUUUAGAAGGGUGAAGGAUUAUAAUUCCCGGCCAGGAGAAUGGGUGUCUUUAGAAGACCGCUAUACAACACUCUUUAUAGUAAAAAAACACCAUCAAGUAGAAGAUAAAGAACAUGAACUACUGUCUAGGGGAAAAAGACACAUGGAGAUCAUGAGGAAGCCAAGCAGCUUUGAGGACUCCCAUGUUAAGGUGGAACAUCUUUUUGACACAUUAUCAGAUGGUACAAUAACUAGAAAAGUGAUUUUACAAGGAGUAGCAGGGAUUGGGAAGACUGCCACAGUUGGAAAAAUUAUGUACGACUGGUCAUGUGGGACACUAUACCAGGGCAGAUUUGAUUAUGUUUUUCAUUGGAGCUGCAGGGAACUGAACCGAAGAACAGAAAAACUGAGCCUAGUUCAAUUGAUUUUACAAAAUUGGGGACAUCCAAAGCCAGCAAUUGGGGAAAUUUUGUCUUGCCCAAGUAAAGUCUUGUUCAUCAUUGAUGGCUUUGAUGAACUCAGGUUUCCUGAGGAUUAUGAUGAAAGUAAAAUCUUAUCCUGUGAUUUGGACACACCUCACUCAGCAGCAGCUGUGGUAGAAAGUCUUCUCAGCAGCAGGAGCCUUUCUGAGGCAUGUUUUCUCGUCACAACAAGACCCUUAGCCGUUGCAAAGCUGGAGACCCAUAUGAAAGCUGAUCUCUGGGCAGAGAUUUUGGGCUUCUUGGAGGAAGACAGAAAGGAGUUUUUCAAGAAGUUCUUCAAAGAUGAAAAGAAAGCAGCCAUUGCCUACCAUUACAUCCAAGAAAAUGAUGUAGUAUUCACCAUGUGUUUCGUCCCCCUCAUCUGCUGGAUCGUCUGUACAACCUUGAACCUUCAGAUGAAGCACGGUGAAGAAUUUGUUCAAAAAGUGAGCACAACCACCCAAAUAUUUACCUAUUUUGUGGCCACUUUAUUGCAGUCCCAUGGUCGCUCACAGACCUCCACGCAAAACCUUUUUCAUAACCUUGGAUCAUUAGCCUAUGCUGGUAUGAGGGACCAGAAAGUGUUGUUUGAUGAGAGCAUGCUGAGGAAAUGUAACUUGGAGGUGUGCAAAGGUCCAUCGACUUUUCUCACAGAAUUACUGCAGGGAGACAUUUUUGUGGAAACCAUCUAUAGCUUUGUCCAUUUGAGUGUGCAGGAGCUGUUUGCUGCUUUGUUCACCUACUGGAAUAAGAAGGAAGCUUUCGAGCUCUUGAAAGAAGCCUUUGUGGAGAAGAAAAGCCACUUGAUCCUAACUGUUCGCUUUCUAUGUGGACUGAACAACGAUGAGUCACUGAAGCCUUUGAAAAGAUACUAUGAAACCGAGACAGGCAUUUCAAAGAAUGAGUUGCUGAAAUGGAUUAAGAAGGCACUCCUUAUUUGCCAGGGGCAAGAAAAGCAGAGCAAUCUCCUUCUGGAGCUGUUGCAUUGUUUGUUUGAGAUUCAGGAUGAGGAGUUUGUCAUAAGGGCUUUGGAGGAGGUCAAGGAAGUGGACUUGCUGGAGAACAAUCUAGGGCAGGAUGAUCAACAGGUGGUACUGUACAGCGUGCAGCAUGCCAGGGAAAUCAGGCAGCUGAAACUGGCCAGUCUGAAAGAGGCACAUAUUAUCAAACUGCUUCCCUUGCUAAAGAAAUGCAAACAGAUCCAUUUGAAUGCCUCUGGAAUCUCAUUGUCUAUGCUACACAAGGUGUGUGCUCAUCUUUUACAAAAGCUUAGAAUGACCAUGCUGAGUGUGCAGCAAGAAGAAGAUGGAAUUCGUUUUGUCGUGGAAGCGAGCUGUGAGGGGGACUCUUGCAUAAUAACUUUAGAUGACCUUCCUGAAGACACUGCCUCUGCAAUUUGUGACGACAUUAUUCCAGCUCACCCUGGCGUUGUCACCCUUGAGGUGAACGGGAUUCAGGGAAGGGAGACAUUUGUAACUACCCUGAAGUACAGUCUUCUGAACUCAGACAGCAGACUGCAAUCAGUGAGCUUCAACAUUGAAAACCCCAAACAGAAGGCUUUCCAGGACAUCUGCCAACAUCUUGCUACUCACCAUAGCCCAAGAAAAUUCCUCUUAUUCCGAAGGCAUGAAGAGGAUAAAAUACACUUUGGAUAUGAGACAAAGGAUGAAGAGGAGAGUGGCAACAGAUUCCAAAAGAAAAAGAAGAAUGAAAAGCGAAAAGGAAAGAAUGAGGCACAGAAAAAGUGUUUUCCUUGGCCAAAUUUAAAAAGGAAAACAAGAGAGAAAAAGAAAAAGGACUGCAUUGCUAACCUCUCCUGUCUCCCUGAAGAGCAUUUUCUUGACCUCACCAUGUGGGUCACCUCCACAUUCACUCCGCUAGCCCUGUGCCUGGAUGAAAAUUCCAUCGAUGAUGAGCUGAUGAAAACACUAUGCAACAGUCUGAACAGUACUGAAUAUCGGCUUCAGUCACUGAGCCUUCGCUCUAACAACCUCACCCAGGAGAGUAUAGCUAAUAUCUGCUCUCUGUUCCACUGCAACAUGGCAGUCUCCUUGAACCUGCAGAGCAACUCCGUGGGGGAUGAAGGGGUUAAAAUACUUGCGACAUGCCUGAAGAGUAAAGGUUGCUGCCUAGAAAAACUGAGCUUACCAGGUGCUGGCCUGACAGAAGACUGUGUUCCCGCCAUCACCUCUCUGUUCUCCCAGAAGAACACCCUGAGGUGGCUUGAUCUGAGCUUUAAUAACCUUGGAGAUGGAGGAGUGAAAGCCUUGUGCUCUGCCCUGAAAGAUAAGGAGAGCCGUCUUGAGAAACUAAUCCUUGAAAACAAUGGCAUCACUAACAGCUGUGAGAAGGAGCUCAUCCAACUCAUUGAAACCACCCCGUCCCUGCAAUACCUGUGCUUGGAUAAUAAUGAGUUCUCAUCCACAUCCAGAGCCCACAUCUAUGACAUAUGGGAAGAGUAUCAUGAGGAAGAGGAGGGAGGAGGUGGAAGGGAUUGACUUGGGAGUCACAGGUGCUGCACUCAGUUCUCAGCGAUUAAGGUAGGUGCUGAGGUCAGGAACUUCCAUGUGUUACGAACAUGGUGCUAAUGAAAAGAACCAGAAUGAAACCACUGGGACAUUUACAGUAAAUUCUUUACACACGGUACAAAAUUCAACACAGGAUGCAGCAGUGCAACCACUUCCCACGCUGCUCUGCCCAGUGACCUCAACCCCAUCACGGACAGAGUGUAGCAAAAACAUAUAUUUUAAUAUUGGUUAUACGGUUAUAAGUAUGAUGCAUAAUGAUUUGAUGUAAUGACUUGCUUAUAAGUUCUGGAUGCUUCUAUUUCUCUCUGUGUCUCUCUCAUGAUUAGAUAAUGUUUACUGAAAGGUCUUGCUCCCUGUUAACUUUGCAAAUUAAGUUGUACCCCUUCUCUGCAUCACAAACUAAGUUGUGUAAUUAUUAUCUUGUCUGAAACUCUGUACAAUUGUUUGGUGUGAGUGGAGGGGUUUGUGAGUGAAAGCCAUCUCAGAUGCCCAGGUGAUCAAGAACAAGUGGAAACUCUGAAGAUAACAAAACAGUAAUUGUGUCUGAGGCUGAAUUGAAUUAGCAGCAUUGACAAACCCUGGAGACAGACACAGACCCCACCAAGACUGAGACAACGAUGGGAAUCCUGACAAUCACCAUCAAAGGAUAACCUGGAGAAUGCAGAAUAACACCUCUUAAGAUUGGAUGACUGCAGCAUGACACUGCAAUAUCCAUAGACCCAAAUGGGAACUUACAAGUAUAAGAAGGGGAGUUCUUGCCAUGGAACUCUAGGUUCAGUCCUGCAGGCCAAGCCUCAGAGAAGCCUCAAAUUGCAAUCAAAGGAUCCCAACUCCUCACUCAGUCAGCUUUGCCUGGCCAGUAAGACUGACUUGAGCCACAAUGGUCUGGUAACUAUGCACUAUCUCUCUGAGUGAGUGAGUGAGUGAGUGAGUGUGUGUGUGUGUGUGUGCGCUAACUGCUUCACUACUAUAUUCUCAAUAAACGCGGCAUAUUGCCUUUUC